UACAACAUAACAGCUUGAAGAUCUGUAGUAAUGUCUGGAAGAGGUAAGGGAGGUAAAGGGCUCGGCAAAGGAGGCGCUAAGCGUCACCGUAAAGUUCUGCGGGAUAACAUCCAGGGCAUCACCAAACCCGCCAUCCGUCGUCUCGCUCGCCGCGGCGGAGUCAAGCGUAUCUCCGGUCUGAUCUACGAGGAGACCCGCGGUGUGCUGAAGGUGUUCCUGGAGAACGUGAUCCGCGAUGCCGUGACCUACACCGAGCACGCCAAGAGAAAGACCGUCACCGCCAUGGACGUCGUGUACGCGCUGAAACGACAGGGACGCACUCUGUACGGCUUCGGAGGGUAAACACGUCCGUGUUAGCAGAAAACCCCAAAGGCUCUUUUAAGAGCCACCCACAUUUUCGAGAGGAGUACAUUUCAUUACGUUUUGCUAGAUAAUCAUUUUAGACGCAUACGUAAUCUAAACUUACUAAAAAUAAAGCUAUCUGUAACCAGUA